UAAUGUUUACUACCGCGGAUAAGAGGAAAAUUCGUCCAGAUUAGCAGCUUUUCAUUUCACUUCUCCCAUCACAUACUCUACUGUUUGUUGUGUACUCGCUUGGAAUUUCCUUUUGUUUCAGUCUCGACCUCGUCUAAGCUUUUGUGCUCCUGUCGCUUUUGCAGCUCGCGGAAUGUGUGUUUGGCUACAGAAUUUUCCGAAAGUGAAAAAUCAUUAGUUAGUGUGAAAGAAAACGAGAAAUGGAAAUAGGUGUGCGGCGAUUUAAACACGAAUUUAUCCCCGGUCAGUGAUACGAUUGGAAUCCCCCAGAAUUGCCACCCUCCGGGGAAAUGUGUCCUUGCUGUGCGAGUGAACCUCUACUACGUGUUCUUUGAGGACUUGUAGAGCAACCGUGACCUGGUGACGUAAAGGGGAUAGUUCACUGAAUUGCCUAUUCAUAUUGCGGUCAUUAGAACGAAACGCGGUUCGGUUCAUUUUGUGUGCCGUAAUCAUAAAUCAUAAGGAAAAGGGUGAAAGUCAAGACAACAGAAAGGGUGCUCCCGGGAGGAUAAAGAAUGCCUGCAUUGAUUAUCUUGUCGUGAUUCUCUCAGUUUUAAAAGAAAAAUUUGAAUGAGCCAUUCCCUGUGUGUUUUGCGUGAAAGUCCACAGGACCAGACAUAACUGAUGUGCUAGAUUGAAGUCGGAUGGACUAUGUAAUGUGGAUGUGUAGGUCAGAUUGUACGGUGCUUAGUAUAUGUGGAAGGAAUAGUACUUUGUAUCAUGCUCCCAGAGCAUCCUACUCAAACCAACGGCAGCCGAAACGACCAAGGACUUAAGAAAAGCAGCAUUUUGAAUAUUGAAAUCCAUCCUAAACCGACACCGGAGCAACGGCCUCAGAACUCUUGUAUCUUCGUGAGGAAACAUCGAAUUCCUUGGUUAUCAUUCCAAGACAAUCCCACUGAAACAGAAUACCGUCGUGGAAGGAGAAUAAAUGGAUUACAACUGCCUCUGCAUCCCUUGCAGCUGUUCGGAUGGGUUAUACUGAUUUUGUUUGGGCUAGCAGCGUACAUAGUAUUGCUGCCUUCCUUCUGCACGGACAUACAGCAGCCCUUGCUAGGCCUACUGUCUGGAUUAUACAUAGUCCAUACGAUAUCGCAUCUGUCAGCGCUCCUAAUUGAUCCGGCGGAUUCGGAGUUGCGGCGUUUGCAUCGGAACGAUCGAAUUGUGCCGGAGUUUGACCGGACAAAACACUCCCAUGUUAUCGAGAACGGGCGUUGCCACUUGUGCAAUAUUAAGACGAGUAGCGUGCGAACUAAACAUUGCAGCGUUUGUAAUAAAUGCGUGGGAAAAUUCGAUCAUCAUUGCAAAUGGUUGAAUCAUUGUGUGGGCGGUAGGAACUACGUGGCUUUUCUAAUGUGCGUGGUGAGUGCAGUUAUUGCUGCUCUGGUCAUACUGGCCGCUGCAAUUAGCCAAAUUGUUUUCUAUCACAUAAAGCCUGAGUGGUUGAGUGAUUGGUACGACAAAGAUAAAAUCAAUGGCGCGGCAGAGGAUGAUAACACAACUACGAUUGUUCUGGAGCAGAUGUUCAACCAGACGAGUGAUGGUAAUGUUACCGACUUGUAUAGUAAUGCGAGCCUGAGUUUGAGCUCUACUGUAGCGUCGACUAUAUCAGGCACGGUUGGAACUAGCGGAAUAAGCCUGCACGAUACGGUAUUCCUCAUAUUUGUGGGAGUUCUUGGUGUAUUAGCCGCAAUUACUGCUGGCCUUCUGUUGCAUCUUUGCUUUUUCCAUAUAUACAUUUCAUUCCUGGGUCUGACGACUUACGAAUACAUACGCAACCACCGCCAAAACACAUCCUCAACAAGCAGCAGUAACACUAAUGGAAAUCAUGUUAAUACUCAUCUUGAGAGCCCGUCCAGCCUACUUGCACCUACUUCCGCUCCGAGUCAAAUAUUCUUUUGCUCCAAUGCUACUCAUCCCAAAUCUGUUCUGGUGCCAGGUAGCCAUGGUGGUACCAGGCCACAAACCUUGCACUGUUGUGAAAAUUCAAGAGAGUAUCAUCAAUCGACCUCUUUGCUCUCAUCGAAGACUUAUUACCUGUGUUCAAUGCUGGAAGAGGAUGAGCUUAGUAAUCAAGAAAUGAUGCCAACUGGUGAUGUACCAAUUGUGACUGGAGAACGUCGCAACGGGACGCCAAAACAUAAAUCAAAAACAUUUCAUUGUUGCUCACAAUUUCAACAGCAUCAUAAGAUUACUACCGCGCAGACUACUACAACAUCGACUACAGCCACGCCGAUAGUUAUUGGAGGCGAGUUCGAAGCAACCACACGAUCAUAUGUCCACUUCAGUGAGCAGUGCACCUUUUGUACGUUCCGUAUAAAGACUCCUUCAAAGUCAGAUAGCAUCUCGUUGCAGGAUAAGCGCUGUUGCCUAAAAACCAUCACAAAACAUCAUCGAUGGCGGCGGAAAUGGAACUGCUGCUCAAAUGUGCCAGAUAGUCCAGAUGUGCCGAAUGAUAUUAUCUCGAAUAUAUCAAGUGCGAUUCCAGCGAAUUACGAUGCAAGUAGUAUAGUGCAGCAAUAUCAACACGCUCGGAAUGGCACGAAAGCGAAUCCCACAAAGCAAAUACCCCCAAAUUUCGUAAAGACAAACGGUCACCAGCUUCACCAUCAGCGCAGUGGUGGCAACGCCAAGAUGCCAAGACCUAGACUCAUAAGGCCGUGGCCAAUCACCCGCUUUAGAUAUAUGCUUCGAAUGAUAGGCAGAUACCGCCGGCCGCACUGUCGUCAUAAUUCCACCAACUCUGCAAACCUUUCAUCGGUGAAACAAAACCAAGUUCGUCCGAUACCAUCGAUUGAUAAUGAAGCCAACUCAACACUCCCGAUGCACAAUCCACAACAAACGCUCCAAUCAAUCGAGACUAUCCUACCGACAUCAGUGAUUCGUGACGAAGUGGUUUAUAAUGUUGGUGAAUUGACAUUACCACCGGCAUUACCUCCACCAGUGCGUCGCAAAAUCCCCAACCCUACUGACCUAGACGAGCUUGCUGAAACCCUAGGAUUUUCACAACCGCAGCGAGCAUCGACCCCUGCACAACCGUCAACCUAUAGACGUCCACCGCGUCGCAAAAACCUUCGAACCCGUUCACCAACGCUUUCACCAAUUCAUGAAUCCGGCUUGUCGAAUCCCACUUCACCACAGCCAUGUCGACAUGCAGUUUCUGUAGCCUGCACUGGUGCUGCUGGCUUGGCCAAUGCAACAGGAUCGAUUAGUGCAAAUAUGUGCAAUGCAGCUUCCGCAUCAACAGCAGUAGCCAAUGGAUCCUCGAGUGAUUUAGACGAUUGAGUAGUUAUUAGGCUAUUAGAGGAGCUUCACCAAAUCAUGGCAGCAUUUGCUUCAAUUUCAACGAUAAUUUUUGUAAGUUCUCCACGAGGAUGGAGUAAUUGUAUGGUUAGAUAGGUCCCCCUUUAAGUAGAUAGUAAAGGCGAACGGUUUUGUGUAUGGGCACACUUAGUCUAGCUGUAGUGAAGCCGAUUAUGUGCUUUUUAUGACGUUGUUAAGGUUUUUUUCAGCAAAGAGUGCAAUACAAUGUUAUCUACAAUAAUGGCGCAGACGACGCCAUAUGUGGCGCUAAUGUAACCAUAAAUGCGUUGGAUAUCCCUUCCCCUUGAAAGAUGAUAGUGUUUAUUAGGAGUAAAUAGAGGACAAUUUUAAUUGUGCUUCUAUCAAUGGAAUUUCUUUCCCUAGCGGAGGAGGGCUUAUCUGUGCUAUGGUCAAUUAGUUUUGUUAACCUAGGAAGUUUCGAUUUUGUUGUGAUAAAUGCUUUAAAGAUAUUAUUAUUUUCUGGAUGCGCCUUUAGAGCGCAACACGAAUAGCACAUUCCGUUUGUUACAUUCGCUCCGAUGUUUUUAUCGAAAGCUUAAGACUUAUGAGAAGAACCCAAAUGGAAAUCCUUGAAGUGCAUUUGUAAUAUGUAAAAUUCCACUUCAUUAAAUUUUUGCAGUCACUCAGCUGCUAGUUCUCUAUAAUUUUAUAAUUAAUUAUAAUAUUUGUGGGUAAACUAAUUUCUUUCUUUUAAAGUCUUUCCGGAGCUGGCGGACAUAUAUAUAGCCACCAUAUGUACAUAUUUCCGACCUGUUUCCGUAGCCUACAUAACGACGGAAUCUAUGAGCGGUAUCACGACCGUCAGGUUGUGGAUAAAAUCUGGCUCAAUAG